GCGCGCGCCCCCGGCUGAAGUGCGGUAGUGGCUGAAGCGAGUGGCGGGUGGUCGGCACCAUCCCCAGCGGCCCCGGUUUAUCGCGAUCAGCGCUUCGCUUUUCUUUGGCGCCGGGGCCUGCCAUGGCUUCUUUCGGCUUCCAGGGAAGCGGCAGCAGCAGCUCUAAGAAGGAGGAGAAGGGCAAGAACAUCCAAGUGGUGGUGCGAUGCAGGCCUUUUAAUGCUUCAGAACGUAAAGCAGGCUCCUAUCCUGUUGUAGACUGUGAUCAAGCAAGAAAGGAAGUUAGUGUCCGCACUGGAGGAGUGACAGAUAAGACAUCAAGAAAGACUUACACAUUUGAUAUGGUGUUUGGAGCUCAGGCAAAGCAAAUCGAUGUAUACCGGAGUGUUGUGUGUCCCAUUUUGGAUGAAGUUAUUAUGGGCUACAACUGUACAGUGUUUGCUUAUGGCCAAACUGGUACCGGUAAGACCUUCACAAUGGAAGGGGAGCGGUCACCCAAUGAGGAAUAUACUUGGGAAGAGGAUCCACUGGCAGGUAUAAUACCCCGUACAUUGCAUCAAAUAUUCGAAAAACUCACGGAGAAUGGUUCUGAAUUUUCUGUGAAAGUCUCUCUUUUGGAAAUCUAUAAUGAGGAGCUUUUUGAUCUUCUGAAUCCUACUCCUGAUGUUGGAGAAAGACUGCAGAUGUUUGAUGAUCCUCGAAACAAGCGGGGUGUAAUUAUUAAAGGCUUGGAAGAAAUAACUGUGCACAACAAAAACGAAGUCUACCAAAUCUUGGAAAGGGGUGCAGCAAAAAGAACUACUGCAGCUACUUACAUGAAUGCAUAUUCCAGCCGUUCCCACUCUGUAUUUUCUAUUACCAUCCACAUGAAAGAAACAACAAUAGAUGGAGAAGAACUUGUUAAAAUUGGAAAGCUAAACUUGGUUGAUCUUGCAGGAAGUGAAAACAUUGGUCGAUCUGGAGCAGUUGACAAAAGAGCUCGUGAAGCUGGAAAUAUCAACCAGUCUCUCCUGACUCUAGGAAGAGUUAUUACUGCUCUAGUAGAAAGAGCCCCACACAUUCCAUACAGGGAAUCUAAACUCACAAGAAUCCUUCAAGACUCUCUUGGAGGACGAACAAAAACAUCAAUAAUUGCCACAGUUUCUCCUGCAUCUAUAAGUCUUGAGGAAACCCUGAGUACGCUAGAAUAUGCCCACAGAGCAAAGAAUAUAAUGAACAAGCCUGAAGUUAAUCAGAAGCUAACAAAAAAAGCUCUUAUUAAGGAAUACACUGAAGAGAUUGAGCGUCUGAGGCGAGACCUUGCUGCUGCACGAGAAAAAAAUGGAGUCUACAUUUCUCCUGAAAAUUAUGAAGCCCUUAACGGAAAGCUGACAGUUCAGGAAGAACAAAUUGCAGAGUAUAUUGACAAAAUCAGUGUCAUGGAGGAAGAAGUGAAAAGAAUCACUGAAUUAUUCAUAGUUAAUAAAAAUGAACUCGAACAGUAUAAAACAGAUCUGCAAAUCAAGGAGAAAGAACUGGAAGAAACCCAAAAAGAUCUGCAAGAAACAAAAAUUCAUCUGGCUGAAGAAGAAUAUGUGGUUUCAGUUUUGGAAAACACUGAACAAAUACUUCAUGGCACAGCUAGCAAGUUACUUAGUACAGUUCAAGAAACUACAAAAGAUGUAUCUGGCCUCCAUGCAAAACUGGACCGAAAGAAGGUUGUUGAUCAACACAAUGCUAUCAUCCAAAAUACAUUUGCAGGACAGAUGAAUGAUUUGUUCAACAAAAUACAAGAUUCAGUUACUGAAAACAGUUUGAAGCAGCAACAGAUGUUGAAAUCUUACACAAAUUUUAUAGGUAACCUCCUGUCUACCAGUUCUUCAUCAGUUAAUAUUCUUGCAUCAGUUGUAUCAGCGUCUUUUGCCUCUGUUAAAGAAUUGGUGUCUACUGAAGUUUCUCACGUGUCCAAAAAAAUAAUACAACAUGAGAAUCUGUCGCUUGAUUGUAAAGCUGAGCUGCUGAGAUUAAUUGAGGAACAUACAUCUGGUUUAGGAAGAGCAUUAAGUAGCUUGACACCAAUGUUAGAACUUGUCUUGGGGCUAAACUGUCAGUUUCAGAAUAACAUGAAGAAAUACUCUGUUGUGGUUGACAAGAUGGAGGCUCAUAAAAAGGAAAUUGAUACCUUCUUUGAAGAUCUUUCUCUCACUUUGAAAGAAUUACGGGAAGAAACAGACAGUAUUUUUGCUCAGCUUCAGAAUGAUUGUGAGACUUUAAAAGAAGAAGUGGAAGUUACGAGGUUGGCACAUACAAAGAACGCAGCUCAAUUGAUGUCCUUACUGCAAAGCCAGCUUGAUUUUUUCGCUCAGGAGACUCAGAAGAACUUAACUAAUGUACUUGCAAAAAAUGGAAGCUUGAAGACCACCAUCUCUGCUGUACAAGAAAAUGUUCUCCUGAAAACUACAGACCUUGUCAGCAGUGCAACUUCCAAUCACAGCAAAUUUAUUGCAUCUCUGGAUAAUUUCUCUCAAGACCUCAGGACAAUAAAUGCUGAAAACAAGAUGAUGCUGGAAAAAUCCACUGACCACUGUUGUCAGCUUCUCACCAGUCUCAAAAAUGUGUCUCAGGAUACUGAUAAAUGGGGUGAAUUUACGACUGCUCAGAUAGUCGACUUUACCAAUCAGCAGCUGUUGUCCUUCAAUGAUGAGAACCAGCAGCUUGAGUGUUUACAAAAGAAAAAUGAAGAGAGCUGUGAUACAGCCAUAGCUGAAAUUGACGACCAUAUUGGUAGACAAAAAGUUGCUGAGGAGAAGGUACUUAAUGGCUUUCUUGAGCAGAUAAAGGUUGACCAGGAAAUACUUUUGAAGCAGAAGCUGGCACUUCAUGAGGAAGCAGAGCGCGGACUCACUCAGGUUAAUGAUUUCCUGCAGGAGGAUCUUAAAGUGGAUGUUCCAACAGGGGCAACUCCACAGAGAAAAGACUACUUCUAUCCAGUCACACUUGUGAGAACAGAAUCCCGGGAACUUCUGCUGGAGCAAUUAAGGCAAAAACAACUAAAGCUUAAUGCUGUCCUGGAGAGUGUGACAGAGGUGGAAGAUAAUGUAGAUCAGGACCUGUUGGAAGAAGAGGAAGGGUUGCAAGAAGCAAGUGAAAGCCUUGCUAGUGACAAAUCCUUAUUGGAUGCAAACAUGUGCUGCCAAGCAAAUGGUGGUGUUCCUUUUUUCCAGCACAAAAGGAGUCACAAAAAGGAUAAAGAGAACAAAUCUGCAGCUGCAGUGGAGAGCAAGAUAGAAGAUAUGACGGAACAGUUUCUACCCAAAUCUAAGCCUCCUUUAAGAUCACUGAACUAAGAUACCCACUGCAGAGCCCUCUUUUGAAAUACUUAAGUUUAAUUCUCUACUGAGCCAUAACUUUGGUUAUUCUCGGUCUCUGUAUAUAGUGAUAUAUUGAUGCAAAGUUGGAUCAAAAAAUUGACCUGCCAGAUGUUCUGCUUUUGUCACACUUUUAUAUGCUAUAGCUUACAAAGUAUUAACAGACUUUUUUUAAAAAACAGGGGGGGAAAAAAUUGUGGUGCUGUAUGUUAAAUAGAUUUUUAUGUUCUCGAGUCAGAUAUCUUCUCAGAUUGGAAACAGGAGAAAGGGAUGAGGUAAAAUGCUUUGUCAGCAUUACCAGCUACCAUUUUAUAUUUUGAUGAAUUGUAAAUAGUGUUCUGGUUUUGUACCUGCUUUUUAGUUUGAUUCCUGUUUUUAUGAAGUAGCUGAUUUUGCCUGGGAUACUUCAAAUAAAUCUUUGAUACAUGGAAAACAAAUGUUAUAAGCACCUUCCUCAGAGUAAAGCAAGCUUACAUGACUUUCAUUUUAUAUUACCAUGUUUAAUUUAGCUAAAACAUUAGCAUCUAUGUCAUACAGCUUGUGCUGUCAAAAAACGAUGGUUCUUUCCUCUCUUUCAUAAUAGGCAAUAGCUCUAUUUCAGUGCCUUUUCAGCAUAUGGGAGUCUCACUGUUAUGUUUUGGGUUUUUUUAUUUUCAUUUGUUCUGAGCCCCACUAUUAUUUUCAUCUUAACCUGCAGCUGUGAUGGGUUGCCUUGCAUUUGAUUACCACAGAUUAUGUAUUGUAAACUGGCAGGAUUUCUUUGAAGAUGUAGAUGCUUACAUUAGUACAUGCAAACUUGGUUACAAAUGCAGCUCCUAUGUUGCAUAACAGUGAAUUUCCAGUAAUUGACAGUAACAUCUGACCAGCUGUUCUCAUUCUGCUUACCUGAGAAUUUGAAAAAAGCUUCGAGCUACAGUGUGCUAAAAAAAAAAAAUAGGUGAAUAGGAUAAUGAUAGGAGUGGGGAGAGCGACUGGAUGGCAGACUUAAUUUAAAUUGAAGCACUAUUCUUAGUUGUCAAAUAUGAUUUAGGAUAUUGUCAAUUUUUCCAUAUCUAGCUUUCAGGCUUAGGUUGAUGUUUCUUUACAUGGGUGGUCUGUGUGCUUAUUUGAGCAGGUAUGUUAACUAGCUAGACACUUCAGACACCAUGCUGCCAGCACACUGCAGUCCUGUGCUAUCUGAAUCUUGCAAAUUUGAGGCUUAAUUCAAGGGCAUAGUCCAAGCAUCUUUUAGAGUAUGACCUUGUACUAAUUCUCUGAACUCUAGCAUGAGAUAGACCAUUCAUCAUUUGUUUGUCUGAUACACCCAUCAUACCUCCUACUAUUGUUUCUUUUGCCUCUGUGGAUGAAGUUGAUUGCUUUUUCUUAACAGCCUGAUAUGAGGAAGGAAAGCAUUUGUUUCCUUUCAAACUAAUAAGAAACACAAAUACAGAUAUUUUUUUAGGAGUAGGGUAUGAUAUGUUGGCAAGCAGCUUAUAUAACAAGUCUUUAUAUCAGAGUAAGGGACAUGAAACACUGGAAGCUGUCUCCUUAAGAGCGUGUUUGGUAUAUUGUCAAAUUCUGGAACCAGACAUUUAACAGACCUAAGAACUCUCCAGGGCCUAAGAUACAUUUUCUUCCCCCAUGUACUUUUGGACACUAGAUAUUAGUAUGAUCUUCCAAGAUACUCAAGAAAUCAUUUGGGUAACUAAAAUUCAACCAGAAAAGUUGAUCCCACAGCAGUAUUGGAGGCCCUCAGCCAGCUAGGAGAGGUUUGUCAUCCUUUUACCCUGCUACUUUCACAGGAUAGGUAUGAACAAACAAACUGGAACAGCCAGUACCCAAGGAGAGUCAUACCCAUAAAAUCAUGCCAGAAUCUGUGCUUCCUAGCUUUAUCAUCUUCAAGAUUGUCUCCUCUACUCUAGCUGUUUGGUUUCCUCUGGUACAGGCACAAGCUGUUUUCUUGGUAACCUGGAGACAACAGCUGUAUGAAUUUCAUGGUCUGCUUGCAUGCUUUCUCUUUUUUUCUGAAUACCCCUCAGAGCCAUGUUUUCUUUCUUUUGCAAUACUGGGAAAUAAAAAAAAAAAAACAAUUGGCAGAUCAUUGUUUCAUUGGCCAUGGUGUCCAGAGGUCACACCAGCAGGAAGAAUAGAACAAAAAAUCUGGAUGCAGAACUUUGUCUCAGCUCCUCUGUCCGUGUCUCUUUGCCCACUAGAUGGCUCUAGCACUAAAGCAUUAGCCCAAGGCUCAAGUACUGGCCUUUAAUUGUGACUUAGAAAUAAGCAUUUUGCCAAGCUUUUUUGUCAAGCACCUGUUAAAAGAGCAUGUUUCAAAAACAUACUGAAUUUAUGUUUCCACAAAGAUAAUUCCUUAUUCAAGCUUCGGGGAGGUAUUGUUUUAUGUAGAGCAACAUUUAACAAAAAGAUGAUCCAGCCUACUUCUUGAGCUUUGCUGCAGGGCUAAUGGAGGCUCUCAGUAACUAAAUUCUUGUCCUAACAUGUUCUCUAGGUUCCCCACUAUGUGGGCAUUGCCCAGAGUAGAAAUCAAUGCCUAUUUGUUUUGGUAUAUUGUACGAUGUAUGACAGAGAAAAGAAUGUAAGAAAAAGCAAGAGCUAUUUCUUGUAUAUAGCCCCUGGAUUCAGAGGUCUAAUCCAGAGGGAAGAAAUGGCAUAGUUUGAAUUUGUCUGGUUAUAAGGCAUCUUUUAUAAGAGUAGGAAGCCAUUUCCACAGAACAAAUAACAAGAGUUGUACCCUGACUGAAUUAGUCCAGGUGAGCAUGAGGGAGCACUGUGGUGUCUGGGGCUGUAGUAUGUGAGUGUGUUCUGAUGAGUGUUUUCAGAUUCUGGAUUAGUGGUCAAAUGGGACAGCUCUUGAUUUAACAAAAAGCCCAGCUAGGAUGAAUGUGAUGUGGAAAAUUGAAAUGAGGAAGAACGGGAAUUUAAAUGCAUGUAAAGGGGGAAUGCAAAGAGAGAAAUAAGAGGGCCACAGUAAGCAUGGAUAAGCAGAACCACCAGCUUGCUUUUCAAGUGAUAAAUGAGGAGUUAGGAGGAAAUAGGGGAAAGGAAACUUCCUGCUUCCUCCUGGAAAUCAGGUUGCUGUGACACUUGCUGUAUCAGAGUGGUUGGGGGAUGCAAUGUUUAUUUGAAGAUAGAAGACUGAGCUGACUGUUGUUGAUGACUGCUUUUAUUUUGGGUAUCAGAAGUAAUUGUGUGGGGCUAGGAAGAGCAAGGAGAAGGUGCAUAGUUGCUAGGCUCCACCUUUCUUUUUUCUGUUAGGUGUCAGUCACCAUUGCAAUCAUCUGUUAAAUGGGUAGGGGAAACGAAGCCUGUAACUUUGUGGUGAUAAAAAGAUAUAAGGAUCUGGAAAAAUAAAGGUUAACAUUCCUUUUCCAUUAAAAAGAGAUUGAAUGAAGAAAACAGAAAGUCUUAAUGUUUCAGAGCAUUAAAAACAGUAGAAAAGAAAUAAAAUUUUAAAUAUACUAUUGGUAAAUAUAUCCUUUUAAAACAAGUGUUUAUAGCCAUUUGACUACUCUUUUUUUCUUUCCCUGUUAGAACCUACAUUUUAUGGUAGAGGGCAAUGCUCUGUAAAUUGUACGCCCACCCAUGCAGUUACUUUAUAAAGUUAAAUAACAAUAAAUCAUGGUAGGCUUUGCAUUAGUAGGCUUUAAAUGAUGUAGUAUUAUAGGUGAGAUGUAGACCACCUAGUAGAAUAGGCUGUUCUUAUAGGUUGAACACAAACUAUCUACAGCAGUAUUGCUAUGCUCAACCUUGAAAAUGUUAACGAUAUGAACACAAUGAAGUGAAUGUUUAAAUCCCAGUGUUCAGAACACUUCUAAAAUAAUUUUUGGUUCCUAGUAAAUGGUCUAGCAACCAAAAGGAGGGCACAUUAUAGCUACCCAAGUACUCUUCAGCUAAAAAGUCUCCUGCUGGUGAAGAAGUUAUAAACAAGUUGCCAUUUUUAUGAUUUCUGAAAAUUGUUCCAGAUUUCUCGAAUUUUAUGAGAAGACUAUCAGUUUUCAGGUGACACAAAGUUAGAGUUUGUAAAAUAAUGAUAAUUAAUGGGAUUGUUUCUUUUUUUUC